UUGUGUGUCUUUUGUUGUCGUUCACUCUGCAGGUGCAAGGUCACAUCUGAGGAGGCAUCAGGGCCCAAACACACGGCUCAUUAUCAGGGCAGACGCUGCACUCAGAAAUGUUUCUCAGCCCUGAUACAAACUGAAGUUGAUAAAAAGCUCUUUAUGACUGACUUGUAUCUUUUUCUCUGCCUGCUGUUUUGCAGAUGGUGCUGCUGGCCCGCUGUGAGGGCCACUGCAGCCACACCACCCGCUCCGAUCCCCUCAUCUCCUUCAGCUCGGUCCUCAAACAGCCCUUCAAGAGCUCCUGCUCCUGCUGCCGGCCACACACCUCCAAGCUGAAGGCGGUGAGGCUGCGCUGCAGCGGCGGCACUCGCAUCACGGCCACUUACAGAUACAUACUGGCCUGCAACUGUGAGGAGUGCAGCUGAGCACACAGCAGCUCCCUCCCCCACCCUCAAGACUCUCAGCAUCCAACAUUGUUCUUGGCGUGGGACCGUUGGCUCAGUCAGCUGCCCCAAAGAUGGGUUACAGCACUGUGGGGGUGCAGGUUUGAAGGAAUCAGACCCAGAUCCAACAUGUUAUACCCUCUCYGUUAUGUCUGCUUUCAAUCAUGGCAGUUCAUGUAAAACAUACCUCUGAGGCCAGCUCGAGACCCUCCUUGCCCCAGAGACCCUCUGCACUCAUAGUAGGCCUCUGUAAUUUAUGACACACACGCUCACAACAUGCAGCCUAAUGCAAGUAUCUGUGACAACAUUUCCCAUCUCCAUGAAAAACCAUCAUGCGUUUAGCAACAAAACAACACGCCUCGUUAAAAAGCAGCAUGGGAAAGAAUGAGGCCUGUGCCAGAACCAGGGGGGUCAGCAUGAGCCCAAGAACAUGAUGGAACUGCAGGAUAGAGGAGCACCUGCRCCAUUACUCACCCAUUUUACACACUCCCUGUAGACGUUCAGCUASAUGUGUAAAAUGCAAGCAGUGCUGACAGGAGAACUCAUCAAGUGCACAAUAAACGGUAAUAAGAGCCUUGAGGAUAAAAACAUGACCGAGGAUGAAGGUGUGACCAGUCUCCGGGUGAUGCUGUGGACUGGAACCAGACUGUCAAUCAUUUCAAUGUUUUUUAGGGCCCAAGCACUGUGAAACAGUGGGAGCCCCAAUUGUGUUUGACCUGAUUAUUAUUUUAUUUUUCUUCUGCCAA